AUGGAGAACUUGGAACAUGCGAGUGACGAGGGCCACGAGAUGGCCAGUCAAAACACCUAUGCCGCCAUCCAGCCCGCCGACUUUGCCAAAAAGACCUGGGCCAUCGGUCGUACCAUGAAGCAGACACAGCAGCUCCAAUCUACAGCCCGUGAGCUGCUGAAGCCUCCAACCACUUCCCCCGCGCCAACCUCGACAGCCCUUGAGAGCACUCAAAACUCGCUUGGCCGCCUUCGAGUGCUCACAUCACUGAGCAAGACCAUCACCUUUCUUACCGCCGACGACCUUGCAGCGGCCAGGGUAUCUGCCAUGGAGAGCCUGGGUCGAGCCAUAGCCUUGAAGGACCAGAAACUCCUCGCUCGCUGUCAGUAUUGGAUGGGCAGAGUCCAAUUCGAAUCUGACGAAAUGAAAGAGGCGAUGGAGCUCUUCAUCGCUGCUCGCUCUGGUCUGAUGGAUGAUGACGGCCCUGAAAGCGAAACGGUCCAGCACUACCUAGACCUGUCGAAGCGAUUCAUGCGCAAGAGUCAACGAAAGCGGGAGAGAGAUCAGUGGCCCCAGUAUCCGGUGGAACUUGGUCGCAUCCAGUUGUACUCGUUCCCGAAGAAGCGCAAGCAAGAAGCCUCGACUGGGAAACCCGUCCCUCAUGCAGGCACCGAAGGAAAGUCUGGGACUUGGCCAAAGAACUCUCCCCACGCGGGUGCGAUGAUAUUGCCCAGUGACCAGCAUGCAUGGCUCAUCAGGGACAUGGCAGAUUUGUCUCUCGCUCCUCAAAUGAGAGAUCUCAACCGCGCGCUGGACAAAGUGGUCAUUGGCAUGACAAAUGAUGACAAGUCAGGCCAGGCUGGUCAGCCAGCCCCAUCCCCCGAAGAAGAUCUCAAGCCCAAUGUGUGGAAGGAUGCCCCUGCUAGCAAACCACAUCGACAACGUUGGGUCACCAUGCCACCUCAGCCACGACUCAAUGCAGAGUUCACAAUGAGAUGUGGCCCUGCUGACCUUGCGCCCCAAGCUCACCCAACGACUACCUCAUUGAAGCUCCCGGAUGAAACUCUUUUGCCUCGGCAGGAUUGGGAUUCACAAAAGACUCUCAUGAAGCAGUGCGCAGUCACCAAGGCUUAUCUCGAAAGGGAGAUGGAGCUUAAAGCAUUGUCCAAGAAGAAAGACUAA